GGUACCACUAUGUCGUUGAGCCGCUGCCUUCCACUGGGCCAAAACGCCCGUGUCAUCAUCAUCCCAGCCCGAUUGGCCCACGCCGCUUCGACCCAGGCUGCCGCCGCCACCGACGAUGCCCCAAACUUCUUCCAAAAGUUGGCUCACCGCUUCCAAGGAGUCCCACUCAAGGGAGAGGCUCACGCUCCAAAGUCAAUGUUCGAGGACUGCAACAAGGAAUGGUCUGCUCCAGAACCACUCCCAGCAAUUCCAAAGGACUUCAAGGAGCAUCCAGAUCGUGACUUGGUCAACUACCCAUACCCAGCCAGACCAAUGUAUCCACCAAAGUCUCGUCUUCUCAUGAUGCCAGACUCGUGGUUCACCCCAUUCCAGAAAGUUACCGGAGUCUCCGGACCAUACCUCUUCUUCGGAGGACUCUUCGCCUUCCUUGUCAACAAGGAGUUGUGGGUGUUUGAAGAGCAAGGGCACAUGACUGUCGGAUGGAUUCUGUUCUAUCUUUUGGUCACCAGAACUGCUGGAUACAAGAUCGACCAAGGAUUGUACAAUGGAUACCAAGAGCGCGUCAACUUCUUCAAGGGACUCAUCCAAGAAGAUCUUAAGGAGGCUGUUGAGUUCAAGAAAACAUCUGCCAAGCAGACCGAGUCUUUGAACUCCAUCAAGGAAUCCUACCCAACAGCACUCAAGGAGAGCAUGGCCCUUCAACUUGAGGCCACAUACAGAAAGAACGUCCAAUCCGUGGCCACCGAAUUGAAGCGCCGUAUCGACUACCUCAAGGAGACCGAGGAGAGCAAGGCUCGCGUCGAGCGGGAGCAGCUCCUCAAGCUUAUCAACAGCGAAGUGGACAAAGAAUUCAGCGACCGAUCGUUCAAGGACAAGUAUCUGCAAAACGCCAUUCAACAGCUUAAGGGAUUGAAUGUGCAACUUUAAAUACGAGAUGAAAAAAGGACUUUUUUGUACCGAUAAACUUUAUUUUCAAUUCCUCACCACCACCCCCUUUUAGCUGUUGUUUUCUCGGAUAAGAUCGUAUUUCUUUUACGUUGUUUUCAAUUCUACUUGGUAUAGAUAUAAAAAUGAAGAAAUCGAUGUUAUCAAGAACUCACUGCAGGUUUUUCUUUGAAUCUAAUUUUUUAACUGUUUUUUUAUUAGUUACUGCCAACUUUAAAUAAAGUAGUGUUGAAUUG